UCGCAGUACUCGACUGGUACCAGCAAGAGACCGAUGAUGCAGAGUCGUACACCCUCCAGCCUGCUGCCCUGGUCGCGUCGUCAUGAUGACGUAGCCACCCGCCGAGCAUCCGCGGUCCCUGCGCAAUAUCUACUCCAACCGGCCGCAUUCACACCCUCUCCCAAUUCCCCAGCGAGGGCAUUCCAUACCUGAAAUUCUGGCAACACAGCAUUCGCAGCCCACGAUUCCUCCCAAAUGGCCUCCAUAUCGAUAAGCGCCCCGGGCGCGAGCGGCUUCCUCUACAACAACCACAACUUGGGCACUGCCCGGCUUUGCAUCACCGCCGAGACGGCGGAUUUCGAUAACGAGACGAUCCGUGGGUGGGCGGACGAGGGGUUCGACGUGGUGUAUGUCCCCUACAACAAUGGCGGGAAGGAAUAUGAGGGUCGCUUGCGAUCCGUAAAGGAUGGAUUGGGCGUGGGGGAUAAUUAUGGGAUUAUCGCGUUCGGCGACGCCGCGUCCUUCUGUCUGGAUUACUACCUCAAAUCGACAAACUGCAGCCGUCUCGCAGCCCUAAUUGCAUAUUACCCCACCGUCAUCCCGGACCCGCGAUCGCGGUUCUCCUUCCAGGUGAAAGUGCUGAUGCAUCUGGCCGGCAAUACGGUGGACGUGGUGACGAUCCCGACCGUGAUCGGCCUGCAAGGAAAGCGACACCGCUCGACGAAGCGGAUCGAUCCUGGCAUCGGCACCGGAGAGAGACUGAAGAUCGGCUGGCCGGCGUUCACGUACGAGUCGGUGCAGCCGGGGUUCGCGGAGCACGAUCUGGAGGAGUAUGACCGGCUGGCGUCGGAUCUGGCGUGGAGUCGCACGCUGGAGACGCUGCGGAAGGCGUACGGGAAGGAUAGGGAUCUGGAAGGGAAAUGGGAGGAGGAACUGGAGGCUCGCUUCUUCUCCAUGAACCUCGCCUCAACCAUGGAGCCCUACGUCGGCCACCUCACCCCCAGCCUAACCUGCGUACCAACCAUGAGCGGCGCCAUCGGCACCCACGCGCUCCGUCGCUUCUACGAGCAGAACUUCCUCAGGAAACUCCCCCCAUCGAUGCGUCUGCGUCUGAUCUCCCGAACCGCCGGCGCGGACCGCAUCGUCGACGAGCUAUACGCAUCCUUCGAACACAGCCAGGAAGUCCCAUGGAUGCUCCCAGGCAUCCCCCCAACAAACCGCCACGUAGAAGUCAUCCUCGUCAGCAUCGUCAGCUUCCGCUCCGGUCGCCUAUACUCCGAGCACAUGUACUGGGACCAAGCCAGCGUGCUCGUCCAGCUCGGCCUCAUCGACCCGAAGCUCAUCCCCGAGGGAUCCCCAGAAGGCGUCGACCGCCUGCCCGUCAUCGGCCGCGAAGCCGCCCGCCGCAUCGUCGAAGAAGACCCCGAGGCCGAAGGCCGAGACUACCAUAACAAACUGAUCCGACGCGCCAAAGCCAAGAGCAAAGGCAAGACUAAGCAGGUCGAGGAGUCCGGGACGGAGAUCGCCAAAAGCGAUACCGAGAAGCCGUUGCCCGCGAUCGGGAACAAGGGGGGAGAAUGAUGGAGAUGGCGAGGAAGAUGAAGAAGACCAGGGCGUGCCCACGCCCCCCAAGACACCCCCGAAGAAGCUCCGGAAGAAUAAGGCGGAACAGGCCACCGUCGAGGAGGCGGCCAGUGAUGCGUGAUAUGUAAUGCGUAAUGCAAUCCAUUGAUGUAUACCCUUUUUUGCGUGUGUGCGUGCCUGCGUUGCAUAUGUAUGUAUUUACUCAUUCAUCAGUAUGAUAACUAGUUUCUGUGUUCUGCGUGCCGGUAUAAAUUUCAUCAUCAUCAGCUAGUA